AUGUCGGCAACGCACAAUAAUGGAGGCAGCUAUUGGGGAUACUUGAUCAAUCAUGAAUCGAAGAGCGCAGCGCCUCUAUUGUCUCAGCUAUGCGAUGGACUCACAAAGAUAAUUGUGCAGCUGGUACCAGGCCCAGAUACCGAUCUCACUCCACAGCGAUUGUCUGCUUUCUAUCAAUCGGUUGGAGGCAGUGACUAUGUCUUCCGAGAAUUAGGAUAUCCGGGUCUUUCACUGAUGUACAAGACCCUUGGAUGCUUCCAUUCUUUACAACCUACAGCAAAUCCUUUCGAGCCGCCUUCCGUGCCGUGCCUCUUACCAGCCGGUUUCGUGCGAUGGCAGACGUUACAACUCCUUCUACAUCCGGAUGAACAUGUCCAAUGUUUGCAAAAAGCUGUGGAGAUCUACGAUAUACCAAAGCCGAGUGGUGGGAUCUUUCCGAAGACGAUCCCACGGGAGUCAUUUCCUUUGAAGCCAGACGAAGCAAUGGAAAAAUGGCAUAAUAUUGUACUAGAGAAACUUGAUGAAGGCCAACACCGUAGACUGAAGAACUCACCAUAUUGCUCUCCUUAUGAAGCGCCAGAUCGUGGUGAUGGCUACUUCCCUCGCAGUCCUCACAGGAGACGAACUUCACGACCUCCACGAACAGAAAAUCAAGAUGCAUCUCAUGUGUUUCCUACAUCUUCGCGUCGAAGAAGCAGUGUACCAGCCGCUCCGUCACCGCUUCAUAAUCCUGAGCACAACGACAAUUACCAUUGGAGCAGUGACCAGGCAUAUAGCGCUCCUAACUCGGCUAUUCCUCAAUCUCCGCGACAUCGCCCUGCAAGCUCCUCAGCUUCUCAACGGCCUGUAUCGCAAUCACAUCAUCAUGCUACCACUUCACAUAACUCGAACACCCCAUCGGCAAAGUCCUUCAGUCUGAACUUUGACAAUUUCCACAUCCCUUUCAUUUCAUCUCCGUUCAGUUCAAAGAAAAGUCGAGAAAGAUCCUCAGCAUCAGCUGCUCGUACUCGCGUCAGACCUCGAUCGCCAAGUCGUUAUGAGGCAGCUUCUACUGGAAGUGAAGCCAGUUCCGAGGACUCCAUUCCUAGGGUCUCAAGAUACGACAGAGAGCGUCGCAGAAGCUCCCUUGCUCCGCCAACAGACUACAAUUCGUACCAGCGACGACAUAGUCAUGACACCAGUUACCAGGCCUCUCCAAAAUACAUGCCAGCCUUUCCGCCUCCAUCGCCACGAGGCCAAGCAGACCAGAACCACAGUCGUCAUUCACACGUGCCUGCGGCUGGUCCAGUGCCAGGUCCCUUUCGCGAGGAUUUUUCUAACAAUGGACCCGUAGCCUCAUCUGGCCCAGAAUUACCUAAUAACGCAUAUGUGAAUCCUAAACUCCGCAUCAUAGAUCCAGUGGGGAGAGAUCGCUCUGAUGAACGCGGCCGCGUGCACCGAACUAGCGGAGGUGCUACUCUGCUUGAGAGACGAGCUGUCAGCGCCGAGAGACGGAGCAGGAGCAACGACAGAAGAGGCGGUGUAGGUAUGGAUCGGUACGGAAAAGUAGAUCAGGACACGCUGACGUUGAGGGGAGAAGGCAGACCACUGCGUGUGAAUACUGUAGCUGGAUCCGGUAAUAGGCGGGUGAGACAUCCUGACGUGAGGAGCGCUGGAAUGCCGAAUCUGCGGAGAGCACCUCCUAUGGGCCUGUCGGGAGGUGGAAGGAGAUGA